UUUUCAGAUAUAGUUUAUAGUACAACUGUAAUUUGAACAAUUUGUAAUAAAAUGGCGGAGUUCGAGGUUGAGGAAACCCCCCAUAAUGACAGUGAACUUCUAAAGAUCACCCCUCUCGGAGCCGGACAGGAAGUGGGCAGGUCAUGUCAUCUUUUGGAGUUUAAAGAAAAGAAAAUAAUGUUAGAUUGUGGCAUCCAUCCCGGUAUCAGUGGGUUAGCAGGCCUUCCAUACAUUGAUUUCACGGAACCUGAAAAGAUUGAUUUACUGCUUGUAACACAUUUUCACCUGGAUCAUGCUGGUGGCCUUCCUUGGUUUUUACAGAAAACAACAUUUAAAGGCAGAGUGUUCAUGACGCAUGCUACUAAAGCUAUUUAUAGAUGGUUACUAUCAGAUUAUAUCAAAGUCAGCAAUAUUUCAACCGAGGAUCAAUUAUACACCGAGGCAGAUCUUGAAGACUCCAUGGCUAGGAUUGAAACAAUAAACUUCCAUGAAGAGAAGAUGGUAGGGGGGAUUAAGUUCUGGUGUUAUCAUGCAGGUCAUGUGCUUGGAGCUGCCAUGUUCAUGAUACAGAUAGCAGGUGUUCGUGUUUUAUACACCGGGGAUUAUUCACGAGAGGAAGACCGCCACUUAAUGGCAGCAGAGAUACCCGCUGUACGACCGGACGUUUUAAUUACUGAAGCCACAUAUGGAACACACAUUCAUGAGCCGAGAGAAGAAAGAGAAGCCAGGUUCACAAACACUGUACAAGAUAUUGUAAACAGAGGGGGAAGGUGUCUUAUACCUGUAUUUGCACUGGGAAGGGCACAAGAACUAUUAUUAAUAUUAGAUGAUUACUGGGCAAACCACCCUGAAUUACAUGACAUCCCAAUCUACUAUGCAUCAAGUCUAGCAAAGAAAUGCAUGGCAGUUUAUCAAACUUACUCCAAUGCAAUGAACCAGAAGAUACAAAAACAACUCAAUAUUUCAAACCCGUUUCAGUUCAAGCACAUCUCAAACCUCAAGGGUAUGGAACAUUUUGAUGAUGUUGGUCCAUCUGUUGUGAUGGCAUCACCGGGCAUGAUGCAAAGUGGUUUAUCACGGGAGUUGUUUGAAAGUUGGUGCAAUGAUAGAAGGAAUGGAGUUAUAGUGGCUGGUUACUGUGUGGAGGGGACACUAGCCAAGCAUAUCCUCAGUGAACCAGAGGAGGUUGUUUCAAUGUCAGGACAGAAGAUUCCACUCAAGUUGUCGGUGGAUUAUAUUUCAUUCUCUGCUCACGCUGAUUAUAAACAAUGCUCUGAGUUUGUCCGUGCUAUGAAACCUCCUCACGUGGUAUUAGUCCAUGGUGAAGCAAACGAGAUGAACCGUUUAAAACUUGCACUGAAUCGUGAAUAUGAAGACGACCCUGAACCGAUUCAAAUCCACAACCCCAAGAACACAGAAUCUGUGCAGCUUUAUUUCAAAGGCGAGAAGAUGGCGAAAGUAAUGGGGGAGUUGGCAACCACCAAACCAAAACAUGGAGACAAAUUAUCAGGGAUUUUAGUGAAAAGGAAUUUCAAUUAUCACAUUUUGGCACCAAGUGACUUAUCAGCUCAUACCAACCUAACUAUGUCCACGCUCACUCAACGGCAAUCUGUAACUUUCACUGCCUCCUUAUCCCUACUUAAAUAUUACCUACACCAACUGUCAGAUGAUGUUGUUGUACUACCCUUGUCUAAUGGUAGGGAGGGAUUGAGGGUGUUUGGAGCGGUCACGGUUGUAAAGGAACAAAAUAUGCUUCUGUUAGAGUGGACAGCCAACCCAGUAAACGACAUGUAUGCUGAUUCUGUGCUUGCUAUCGUGUUACGAGUUGAUACUGACCCACAAGCAAGGAAGAUACCGGUACAAAGGAUUGCUAAACCUGAUCUAAAUAGAGAAUUUAGGGAGAGGUUGGAGGUGAUGCUGGAGGGCAUGUUUGGGGAGGAAUCUUUUAAAGAUCCGACAUCCAGUGGUCCGGAUCAAAUAAAUCUUGAGGUUGAUGGGUUUGAGAUUCAUAUUAAUACCAAAACAAGGGUUGUGACAUGCGCUGGUGAUGAAAACGUUGCUGAAAUGUUAGAAGAAUCAAUAAGACGACUUUACACAACAAUAAUGCCAGUGGAAACAGUCUAGCAUUGAAUUAUUCCUUUAACUGGUCUUCAUUACAUUGAGCGGCAUCAAAGGCAAUGUAGCCAAUUGCGAUUUUGUGGCGACAGUUUCUUUGUGAACACAGUGAGGACAUAAAGUGUUUAACUGUCGUUACAUAUAGGUGCAAAAGUGGACCAAAAACGAAAUUAACAUUUUAUAUUAAUUUCGCAUUCUUGGAACGUGCAAACUACUUCUGUGUUUUGAUCUCCACUCCUUUUUCUAACAAUGAAUCAUUUUUCAUUUGUUCCACAAUUUUAAUGUUUUGUUGUAUGUGUUGUUAAUUGGCUACAACACAUGCUCCACCAAUUCACUGCGCAAAGUAGAAACUGCUAAGUUUACUUGGUUUAAUUUAUUAGUUUAUUUGCAAGAAAGUAGAAAAGAUAAUCCUUGCAUUGUUACACCAAAACAACCGAUUACGCUAACUUAUGGAUAAUGUGGUACUGAUUAAGCCUCCUUCAAUGAAGAUCAAUAUUGAAGGUGAUGUUGUUGCUGCUAGUAGAUGUUGUAUAUUGACUUUGGAGUUUGCGUGGUCUUAGACUGAACGCCUACACGCUCUUCGAACUCUGACUGCUCCAUCAAAUGACAUAUUGUGGUCCCUGUAACUUUCAUUGUCACCACUAACGACUUUAACUCGCAAGUCGAUAA